AAAAUAAAGGCACCAAAAUUUCGAAAAGGGUUUAUUCUAUUUUCUUUUUAUUUUUCCAAUCCAGACAAGGGUUUUUCUGGGAUUUUGUUCUCGAUGAAACUGUUGUAGAGUAUUUGUACCAUCAUGCUGAUUUCCAUGGUGAAUCAAGCUCAUUUGGGUCUCGAUUGAAGAUCAACAUAUUUGAAAAUGAUUGCAGAAAAGCCAAAUUGGGUUCGACAUGAAGGCAUGCAAAUCUUCUCAAUUGAUAUACAGCCUGGGGGGCUUAGAUUUGCCACUGGCGGUGGUGAUCACAAGGUAAGGAUUUGGAACAUGAAAUAUGUUGCCAAGAUCCUGCAUUUGGAUCCAGAUAAACCAAAGUUGGAACUUCUUGCUACUCUUCGUGAUCAUUUUGGGUCAGUAAAUUGCGUUAGGUGGGCCAAGCAUGGCCGCUAUAUUGCAUCAGGGUCUGAUGAUCAGGUUAUUCAAAUUCAUGAGAGGAAACCUGGUUCUGGAACCACUGAAUUUGGCAGUGGAGAGGCACCUGAUGUUGAAAACUGGAAAAUUGCCUUGACUUUGAGAGGGCAUACUGCAGAUGUGGUGGAUCUUAACUGGUCCCCGGAUGAUUCGACUUUGGCCAGUGGGAGUUUGGAUAACACUAUUCAUAUAUGGGAUGCAAGCAACGGCAUCUGCACAGCUGUUUUAAGGGGUCACUCUAGUCUUGUUAAAGGGGUAACUUGGGAUCCCAUUGGUUCCUUUAUUGCAAGUCAAUCAGAUGACAAAACUGUCAUUAUUUGGCGAACAUCUGACUGGAGUCUUGCACAUAGGACAGAUGGACACUGGACAAAAUCGCUUGGAUCUACCUUCUUCAGGCGUCUUGGGUGGUCUCCUUGCGGUCAUUUUAUAACAACGACCCAUGGUUUUCAAAAGCCAAGGCAUUCAGCACCUGUUUUAGAGAGGGGAGAAUGGACUGCUACGUUUGACUUUUUAGGGCACAAUGCCCCAAUUAUUGUGGUGAAGUUUAAUCAUUCUAUGUUCAGAAGGAAUUCGACAAAUGCCCAGGAACCAAAAAGUGCUUCUGCUGGAUGGGCUAACGGGUUUUCAAAGAAUGGUGGAAAAGAAUCACAGCCUUAUAACGUCAUCGCUAUAGGAAGUCAAGAUCGAACCAUUACUGUGUGGACUACUGCAAGCGCUCGUCCUCUCUUUGUUGCUAAACAUUUCUUUUCUCAAAGUGUUGUCGAUUUGUCUUGGAGCCCUGAUGGGUAUUCACUAUUUGCAUGUUCUUUGGAUGGGACCGUGGCUACUUUUCACUUUGAGGUGAAAGAACUUGGUCAUAGAUUAAGUGAUGCCGAACUAGAGGAAUUGAAAAAGAGCCGUUAUGGUGAUGUUAGAGGUCGACAAGCAAACUUAGCAGAAAGUCCAGCACAGUUGCUGCUUGAAGCCGCUUCUAAAAAGGUUGCAGCAAACAUCACAAACAAUAGUUCAUCCACCAUGAAAUCUUCUUCUGGUCUAGGGAUUGCAUCAAAGGUUUCCGAAUCCUUACCUGAUCUUAGUAAGAAUGAUGUAGGAGUUCUUGGUGAUGCAGCAAAUAGAGCUGCUACACCUUCUACUCGAGUGUCUAGUCCUGUAAAGCAAAGAGAAUAUCGACGACCUGAUGGUCGGAAAAGAAUCAUUCCGGAAGCAGUUAGAGUUCCUGUUCAAGGAGAAAACAUCUGCGGGACUACUCAAUCUCAAACUGUUGACUUCUCUAUGAAGUCAACAGAGAACGGUGUGGUACAUGCCGAUGCAGGAUUUCGUGAGGGUCCUAACAAGAGGCAAAUGGUUGGAGGGCCUGAUAUGAAGGAGCGAUCAGGUGUGUCUGCUCGGGCCACUGUUAGUGAGAGUCUAAUAAUUGAAAAGGUUCCAGCUUCUGCGGAUAAAGAUGGAAAUAUUAGUGUUGAACAGAUUGGAGCUCCAAAGAAUUUGGGUUCCUUGGCUUCUUUUCGACCCCUUUCGAUAAGGGUUUUUGACAAUAAAGAGGGAGGAGAUGCGCCACAAGUUUGUUUGGAAGCUUGUCCUAAGGAACAUGCAGCAAAUGACAUUAUUGGGGUAGGGAGUACAUGUGUGAUGAAAGAAACCGAAAUUGCUUGCACGAGAAAUGGUCAAACUCUUUGGUCUGAUAGGAUCUCCGGCAAUGUCACAGUUUUGGCAGGAAACACCAAUUUUUGGGCCGUCGGGUGUGAAGAUGGAUCCCUGCAGGUGUACACAAAAUGCGGCCGACGUUCCAUGCCAACUAUGAUGAUGGGAGCCGCACCAGUGUUCAUUGAUUGUGACGAGUCUUGGAAGUUGUUGCUCGUCACAAGGAGAGGGGCAUUAUAUGUGUGGGACCUUUUCAACCGGAAAUGCAUCCUCCAUGAUUCAUUAGCUUCACUUAUGGCUUCAGACCCGAAAUCAACUGGCACAGUUAAAGUCAUAUCCGCAAAGUUAUCAAAGUCUGGAUCUCCUCUUGUUACACUGGCUACACGCCAUGCCUUCAUGUUUGAUAUGAGCCUCAUGUGUUGGCUGCGUGUCGCUGAUGAUUGCUUCCCUGCUUCGAAUUUCGCAAGUUCGUUUAAUUUAGGGUUCCCCCAAAAUGGUGAAUUGGCAGCCUUGCAAGUUGAUGUGAGGAAGUUUUUGGCCAGAAAACCUGGCUGGAGCAGAGUGACUGAUGAUGGAGUGCAGACACGUGCUCACUUGGAAGCUCAGUUGGCGUCUGCACUGUCGUUGAAGUCUCCAAAUGAGUAUCGUCAAUGUCUCCUGUCAUAUAUACGCUUUCUGGCUCGAGAAGCUGAUGAGUCUCGAUUACGAGAAGUGUGUGAGAAUUUUCUCGGACCUCCGACAGGGAUGGCGGAAGCUGCCGCUGCUGUUUCUGAUGCCACAAAUCCAGCAUGGGAUCCUUGUGUUCUUGGAAUGACGAAGCACAAACUCCUGAGGGAAGAUAUUCUUCCAGCAAUGGCAUCAAACCGAAAAGUCCAGCGGUUGCUCAACGAGUUCAUGGAUCUCUUAUCUGAGUACAAAACCACCAACCCGAGUCUGGAACCUCCAGCCACCACCACCAACACCAUCCUUGCACCGCCCGUAACAGAUCAAACCACGACUGCAACUGCAACUGCAACACCAGUAACGGAUCAAAUUGACACUGCACCACCGGUGACAAAUGAAGUGGCUCAAAUGGACCCUGUCUCCCAACCCAUGGACGAAGAACAACAUCCACCGAGCUCGGAUCAGAUGGAUGUGGACCCGCCCGGGGCCAACAAAUCUGAAAGCGUUCCGGUCGAUGAAAUGGCGUCUUGAAGUCUCUUUCAGGUGUAUCUGUUCCUUCUAGUUUGUAGUCAAGAAUAGAAACUGAUUUUGUGUACUUUUUGUUUCAAGAUUGAUAAUAUAUGUUCUUGAAUUUUCAAGUA